UAUUCUGUAUUGAGCUAGUGGUAGGAAAAUUAUGUGACUUAAAGAUCUGUUGAAUACCGUAAAUUUUCAGACCAAGUUUAAGGCUAGAAAAAUGAUUUUACUCUGUAACUGCCGUUAUUUAGCUUAUAAAUUUAGGUCUCAAUUUGCUUGAACAUUGUUUUAAUGAAUCGUAUUGAAAUAUUCUUUUUUAAUACAGUGAUGAUGAAAAUACAUUUAAAAUCUUAGUUGCAACGGAUAUUCACCUUGGAUUUAUGGAGAAAGAUGCAGUCAGAGGAAAUGACACAUUUGUAACACUCGAUGAAAUUUUAAGACUUGCCCAGGAAAAUGAAGUGGAUUUUAUUUUGUUAGGUGGUGAUCUUUUUCAUGAAAAUAAGCCGUCAAGAAAAACGUUACAUACCUGCCUAGAGUUACUAAGAAAAUAUUGUAUGGGUGAUCGUCCCGUGCAGUUUGAGAUUAUCAGUGACCAGUCAGUCAACUUUGGUUUUAGUAAGUUUCCAUGGGUGAACUACCAAGAUGGCAAUCUCAACAUUUCGAUUCCAGUGUUUAGUAUUCAUGGCAACCAUGAUGAUCCCACAGGGGCAGAUGCACUCUGUGCCCUGGAUAUUUUAAGUUGUGCAGGAUUGGUAAAUCACUUUGGACGUUCAAUGUCUGUGGAGAAGAUAGACAUUAGUCCGGUUUUGCUUCAGAAAGGAAGUACAAAAAUUGCUUUAUAUGGUUUAGGCUCCAUUCCAGAUGAAAGGCUUUAUCGAACAUUCGUCAAUAAAAAAGUAACAAUGUUGAGACCAAAAGAAGAUGAGAACUCUUGGUUUAACUUAUUUGUGAUUCAUCAGAACAGGAGUAAACACGGAAACACUAACUUCAUUCCGGAACAAUUUUUGGAUGACUUCAUUGAUCUUGUUAUUUGGGGCCAUGAACAUGAGUGUAAAAUAGCUCCAACCAAAAAUGAACAACAGCUCUUUUAUGUGUCACAGCCUGGAAGUUCUGUGGUUACUUCUCUUUCCCCAGGAGAAGCUGUAAAGAAGCAUGUUGGUUUGCUGCGUAUUAAGGGGAGAAAGAUGAACAUGCAGAAAAUUCCUCUUCACACAGUACGGCAGUUUUUUACGGAAGACGUCGUUCUGGCUCGUCAUCCAGACCUUUUUAACCCAGAUAAUCCUAAAGUAACUCAAGCCAUACAAAGCUUCUGUUUGGAGAAGAUUGAAGAAAUGCUUGAAAAUGCUGAACGGGAACGUCUGGGAAAUUCCCGACAGCCAGAGAAGCCUCUCAUACGACUGCGAGUGGACUAUAGUGGAGGCUUUGAACCUUUCAGUGUGCUUCGUUUUAGCCAGAAAUUUGUGGAUCGUGUAGCCAAUCCAAAAGACAUUAUCCAUUUUUUCAGGCAUAGAGAACAAAAGGAAAAAACAGGAGAAGAGAUCAACGUCGGGAAACUUAUCACAAGACCUUCUUCAGAAGGAACAACUCUAAGGGUGGAAGACCUUGUAAAACAGUAUUUUCAAACCGCAGAGAAGAAUGUGCAACUCUCACUUCUAACAGAAAGGGGAAUGGGUGAAGCAGUACAAGAAUUUGUGGACAAGGAAGAAAAAGAUGCCAUAGAGGAAUUAGUGAAAUACCAGUUGGAAAAAACACAGCGAUUUCUUAAAGAACGUCAUAUUGAUGCUGUAGAAGACAAGAUCGAUGAAGAGGUACGUCAUUUCAGAGAAAGCAGACAAAGAAAUACUAAUGAAGAAGAUGAUGAAGUUCGAGAGGCUAUGAAUAGGGCCAGAGCCCACAGAUCUCAGUUAGAGGACUUUGCUUCUGCCUUUAGUGCUGAUGACUUCAUGAGUGUGGAUUUGACAGAAGAGAUGGCUGACGACUCUGAUGAUAGCAUCUCAGCAGCAGCCAGCAAAGGAAGAGGCCGUGGUAGAGGAGGAAGAGGGCAGAAUUCCACCUCGAGAGGAGGGUCUCAGAGAGGAAGAGGCACUGGUCUGGUGACUUCUUCUCGAGGCAGAGGUUCAAAGGCUGCUGCAUCAACAUCGUUUAGAAAUAUGUCUAUUAUAGAUGCCUUUAAAUCUACAAAACAACAGCCCUCCCGAAGUACUGCUACUAAGAAUUACUCAGAGAUAAUUGAGGUAGAUGAGUCAGAUGUGGAAGAAGACAUUUUUCCUACCUCUUCAAAAACAGAUCCAAGGAGUUCGAGCAUAUCAUCCAGCAAACGCUCAUCCCAGAUCCAGAUAGCUAAAGGGGUCGAUUUUGAAUCAGAUGAGGAUGAUGAUGAUGAUCCUUUUAUGAAUAUUAAUUCUUUAAGAAGAAGCAGAAGAUAAUAUUUUUAGUGUCACUUAGAAAUGUUCAGGAUUCAGGAAAAAUUGAAAUGUUGCAAGCAGGAGUUUACAGUUGAAGAAUUUUCUUAGCAGUGGUUUUUUGUCAGAUAGUUCCUUUUUUUUUUUUAAGUGUUGCUCUUGACUGAGGAAUUCAAAAGAAGCUUGUUUAACAGAGUGAUAUAUGAGAACUUGCUGUAUUUUUGAAUAUUAUUUUCUGAACAUGAUUCCAUUAUUUGAGAAACUUCUCAGCUCAAGAACGUAAUAGCUUUUUUUCUCCUUAUUUUUAAUCUGGUUGUUAAUACAAGCCAGGCAUGCUCCUAUAAAAUUUAGAAUGUUAUUUUCCUGACAUGUAUUAGUGUACAUCUUACUUAUGAAGAGCUUUCCUUACGUAUCAUUCUUGAGUAAAGAUAAAGCGAAUCUACCAUUAAACAUUUUUGCUUCAUGAUCAAUGACUAUGCUAGUAUUUUAAUGUGGUUGCAUUUAGCCAAAGUUGAGGAAGACAGCUUAUAAAAUUUAACCUCUUCAGAGAUUCUGAAUUUCCUGUAGGUAAAACAAUAUAUGUGAAUUAAUGCCUCAGCUCACUGUUUGUUGCUAAGUAUGUUUUCUUUUUCUAAUGCUUGUUAUAAUGUCAGCCACUGAGACUUUGGAUGAUUAAAUAUACCUUAUACUUUAAAAAUUAGAUGUAAGUUUGUAUUAAAAAUAGAACAGUCUGUCAGAAGUACGUUGAGUUACUUACUCGACUUGUAGCAAAGAUUCCAAAAGAUUAUGUUCCCAUUGAGUGGUAGUAAUUUUCUCUGUUAUUCUCUGUCAUUUAUGAUUGUUCCUCUCUUCUCUCUUUUUAUCUGUUUCUAAGAAGAAAAGGGUUAAAAAUUUUUUAAUUGUUUUCUAAUAAUUAGAAAAUACUGAAGAACUUUUUUGAGGUAGAGUGGUCUGUUGAAGAUUAUGGUUUUAUUAGAUUAAAAUAUUGAAAUAUAACUUCUGUGGAACAUUGAUGCCAAGACUUCUCAAUAAUAUUUUUAUCUUACCUUUGGUUCAUAUAAAACAUUACUGAAUGGGCAAUUUUGGAAAUCUUAGUGAAGUAGCCCAUGUUAAGUUUCCUUUUUUCUUACUUGUUUUAAAGGCAAAAUAAAAAAUUUUCCUCUUUAUAUUUAAAUUAAGUAAUCCUCCUAUGUAGGACUCCGUAAAAAGGCCCCUGAGAAUAUUUUUUUGUUUUAAUCUUAUGAGGUAGCUUUAUUUAAAGACUCCUUAAGGAAGGUGUAGGUUUGACCGUACAAUGGCCUGACAUUUCUUAAUAGGUAUAAACAGUUGACUCAGCAAUAUUCAUGACUAUCGGAAUAGUCAUACUUGAGAUGUGUCAAAUUAUAAAAGAACAUUUGGAUAGUGGCUGCCUCUAUAUUAUAGCAUCUUUGAAAUGGCCUAAGUCAAAACUUGCAAUGUAACAUUCUAAUGAGUUUCUUAAAAAAUAUUUCUUAUGCCUCACUUGAGUAGAAGGAUGAUUUUAGCCAAUGCCAAUAGCAUUAACUCACUGGAAGGCAUUGUCUUGUGCAGUAUUCUCAGGUAGAUCUACCCCUAUCAUUAGUGGAAUUUAACUCUAGUGUCCCCAGUAUCUGAACCAAUCAGUCAGGGUGGUAGUUGCUUUCCAUGAUGGGAUGGAAG